AUGUCCAACGGCAGUUCCAACACCCAGUUCCUCCUCCUGAAAUUUGCAGACACGCGGGAGCUGCAGCUCUUGCACUUCUGGUUCUUCCUGGGCAUCUACCUGGCUGCCCUCCUAAGCAAUGGCCUCAUCGUAACAGCCAUAGUCUGCGACCACCGCCUCCACAUGCCCAUGUACUUCUUCCUCCUCAACCUCUCCCUCCUUGAUCUUGGCUUCAUCUCCACCACUGUCCCCAAAGCCAUGGCCAAUUCACUGUGGGACAACAAUGCCAUUUCAUACCCAGGAUGUGCUACCCAGAUCUUUUUCUUUCUCUUCUUGAUUGUAGGGGACUAUUGUCUUCUCACCGUCAUGGCCUAUGACCGCUACGUUGCCAUCUGCAAACCCCUGCACUACGGGACCCUCCUGGGCAGCAGAGCUUGUGUCCACAUGGCAGCAGCUGCCUGGGGCGGUGGGUUUCUCAAUUCUCUCCUGCACACGGCCAACACAUUUUCACUACCACUCUGCAAGGGCAAUGCUGUGGACCAGUUCUUCUGUGAAAUCCCCCAGAUCCUCAAGCUCUCCUGCUCACACUCCUACCUUAGGGAAGUUGGGCUAAUUGGGAUCACUGCUUUCUUUGCAUUUGUCUGUUUUGUUUCCAUUGUGCUGUCCUAUGUGCAGAUCUUCAGGGCUGUGCUGAGGAUCCCCUCUGAGCAGGGACGGCACAAAGCCUUUUCCACGUGCCUCCCUCACCUGGCCGUGGUCUCCCUGUAUGUCAGCACUGGCAUGUUUGCCUACCUGAAGCCCCCUUCCAUCUCCUCCCCAUCCCUGGACCUGGUGGUGGCAGUGCUGUACUCAGUGGUGCCUCCAGCAGUGAACCCCCUCAUCUACAGCAUGAGGAACCAGGAGCUCAAAGAUGCCCUGAAGAAAGUGAUUUCAUGGAAAUUUUUCAAUACUGAUAAACUUCCAGUCGUUCUCCGCAAAUGA